AGCAUGUUUUAUCACCAGUCAGUGUACUUAAAUACUUGAAAAUUUUCACAUCCCCAUUGAUUUAAUACGCGAAAUGUUAGCGAAACAAUUUAUAGUUAAGUGGCUCUUACUGACGUUGGCUAAUUCUAUAUCCGCCGAAUACAACGUGAACGCUGUAUGUACGUUGGUCUCAGAUGGCUUACGGAUUGGUAGCAUCGACUCUUGUCGGCGUUACUACACCUGUAACAAUGGUAUAGCUACGGCUUACGAUUGUCCCCUCGGCCGUAGUUUCAGUAAGGACGAGCAAGACUGCGUGGCUGAAAGUACAGUUCAAUGUUUUCUUAACCCAAGUAACCCAUGCAAUGGAGCGGAUGAAACUUUUGUACAAAGAACUGGUACAUGCAAUGGUUGGAUUUACUGUAAAAACGGACAAGAGGCCGGAAAUGGAAGGUGCGCUGACAAUUUAAUUUUCAACAACGGCGUAUGCACAUUUGGCUCAUGCACCACAGCUGUCACUAAUCUUAAUGCCAACUUUACAUCUGUUUGUCAAAUUAUGAAGAACAACCAAUUCUUUGGUAGCACAAGACAAUGUGCACAAUGGCAAGUGUGUAGAAGGAAUAGACUGGUUAGAGGCUUAUGUAGAAAUGGCUUGGCAUACGAUGUGAAAACAGGAUCAUGUGUCUAUGAAAAUCAAAAUGCCUGUUCCCAGGUUUCUGGCAUCAACAUUCUACCUGAUCCAGAAUAUUUCGGCACGUGCACCACAGAAGGCGUUGUAAGACCUUCUAGUAUAUGCAGCGACUAUUUAAGAUGUGAAAACAGUCAGUGGAGGAGUUAUUCAUGCAAUACUAAUUAUUACUACGAUAAUACAACGGAAUCAUGUGUAGUACGUAGCAAUGCUAAAACAUACGAUUGCGAUAGAUGCCAAUUUUCGAACAACCAAUUUGUUAACGCAGUCGACACAGAAUGUCGCAAAUAUUUGGUAUGUCAAAAUGGUGUUAGAAAAUCAAUUAACACCUGCGGUGUUGGUUACUAUUUUGACGAGGUUGUUGAGGCUUGCAUACAAGGCAACGGAAGAAAUAGCCAGGUAACCAAUAGCGCGUGUUUCGUAGCUUCUGGUACUUCCGAUACUACUUCUCCAUCAACCAUCGUGGACGAUACUUCCAAUAUUUCCGAGUUGAUAACUCCAAUACCUCCGAAUGGUAGUACUACAACUACAUCAACCAUAGUGACCGUAACUAACGAGUAAUAGGGUAAUAAUUGAUGCUAAGAACUAUAUAUGUACACCCCAGGUACUCCAAAAGGUUUUCAACUUGUGUAUUUAUAUUAUUACAAUAUACAUAUUUAUAAUUAUAUUCCUUUCAAAGCUA